GACCUAAGGUCCAUGGUUUCUGUAAGAACGCCUGGCCAUAAUCAUAAGCAUGUUGUGAACAGGGAUCUUCACCUCAAUGUUUACGUGUAGAUGGUAGCGGAAUGAUGGACGUUCUGGACAGGUGAUUAUGCCAAUAUCGAACAAUAUCGUUAGGGUAAACAAUAAGGUACAUGCUAGUUGAAUUGAAUUAUAAUAUUUUAUUUGAUAAAAGAAAGGAUUGGUGUGGAUUUGACAUGUGACAGUAUUUUCCACUUACUCGUUGGUAAUGGCCGAAGCUGAAAAGGAAGUGGAUAGGCAUCUGGGAUUGAAGAAUCGCAUCAAGGGAGAUAAUGCAUAAGGAACGCACUUUCGUUAGUUUCAAAGCACCACAUAAAAGACGAUGAAAAUGAAUAAGUUCACCAAAAAGAUCCAAUAGAUCCUAAAAAUAUUUAUGUUGGUUUUCAAUUCCAAGUGAAUCAAUCCCUUAGAUAUCUCAUUAAAUACGGAUUUAUUUAUUUGUAAUUUGAGAAAACUGUCGCCCCAAGGUAGCCGUAUCGAUAGCAGACAGGUCAGAAAAUCGUCUUAUGAAACAGAUCAAAAUGAAAUAAGACGAUCUUUAUUUUAUCAGUAAUAAUUUAAUAGGUGGUUUAAUCGAUUGAUUUGAUUUCAUUGUACACAGUUUGUGAAUAUUAUUUAGAUUAGUUCGACUGUUUUUGGAAUAAUAUCAGAAUUUGGGUAACACAUCCAUCAAAUUCUAACUACCAAAACUGAUAUUACAGAAAAUAAAACGAAAGUAGAAAAAUGAACACUUGUAUUCUUAAUCCUUCAAAAUGUCUAUUAUAUAAAUUAUCGACAAAUCAAACGGCCAUUAGAUUCCUACCUCAAAUAAGACGUUUUUCAAAGACACAAGAUCCAAAAUGCUUCAGCGUAAAACUAAAAUCAAGAAGUCUAGUACAAGUGUGUGGUAAAGAUACUCUCAAUUUUCUUCAGGGAUUAUUUACAAGUGAUGUUAAUCUCUUGAAUGAUAAUGUCAGCCAAUAUUCUAUGAUGCUUAAUGUACAGGGAAGAGUGUUAUAUGACUUAUUGUUAUACAACAUGUCAGCAAAAAAAGAGACAGCAAAUAUAUGGAUUGAAUGUGCAAGUGAAGUGAAGGACGAAUUUAUUCAAACCAUGAAAAAAUACAAAAUAAGGAAGAAGGUUGAUAUUAGUGACAUAAGUAAAUCUGCAUAUGUUUAUGCCUCACCCAAUCAAAAUUUGACUCUAAUGGAAGAUUCUGUCAAAUUAACAACCCCAGACCCCCGAUUACCUUCCUUAGGAAAUAGAAUUAUAGUGACAGAAGAUUUGAAAAGCACUGACAAUAUGUGUGUUUAUUUAGAAAGCGAACAAUAUUACCGUGAACACAGAUAUAAAUUAGGCAUUGGUGAAGGAAUAACCGAUUUACCUCCAGGAAGUUGUUUCCCAUUAGAAAGUAAUCUAACUUUUCUUAAAGGUGUUAGUUUUGAGAAAGGGUGUUACAUAGGUCAAGAGUUGACAGCCCGGACAUUUCACACAGGUGUUACUAGGAAAAGGUUAAUGCCAUUAGUCUUUGAGAAUGUUCCAGCAGGAUUCAAUCCUGAUAGUUCAAUAACAUCUGAGAAAGGAAAAUCCGCUGGAAAACUAAGAGAUUUUAUUGGUAUUUAUGGACUUGGUUUAAUGAGAGUUGCAGAAACUAAAGGUGACCUCAAUAUAAUAGAUAUUAAAGGGAAUAAAUUAAAAGUUAAGGCUGAUAUACCCUCAUGGUGGCCUAGUGAGAAUCAUAUGUUGUGAUAUUUAGUAGAGAUAUUAUAGGAUCUUUGUUUUAAUCAUUAUUGAUUAGAUUUUUGUAUUGUUGUUGUGCAUGAAAAUGUUGGAGUGCAGGAAGUAGGCCUACCCUUAAUUCAGCUCUGAAGUAGAUCUCCUUACACACAACCUGUACUUCAGAGCUGAACUAAUCUACCUUAUAUUAUAUGCAAUGUUUACAUUUUGUUUAUUUAACAAAUAAAUACUCAAGCUAUAAUAAAGAUUCAA